AUGGAACAAACUGUCAAAAACCGGGUGAGCCCGCUGGUACUGGUACUUUGCUCACCAGCUGUGGGACACAUGAACCCGAUGCUUCAGAUCACAGAAGAUCUCGUUCGCAGGGGCUACGAUGUCUCGUUCCUCGCCUCCGAUGGCUACCGGGAGCAAGUUGAGAGCACCGGCGCUGCAUUCCUCCCUCACAAAGGCUUCAUCAACUACCGAAGCGAGACUGAUCUUCAUCGACUGUUCUCAGAGUUCGUCCAUGUGCCCAGAGGCGUGUCUCAGCUCCUAUGGAUUCACGAGAAGCUCUGGGUAAACUCUAUUCCAUCAGGGCUCGAGUCGAUUCGAUCAGCUUUGGAGACACUUCGCGAACGCGAUGCGGAUCGCCAAGUUGUUAUCCUCUGCGAAUCCACGUACAGCGGCAUCGUGCCACUCAAGCUAGGUGCGGAGUUGCCCAAGGGCUACAUGGAGCUACCGCCCACGCUGGGUGUCAGCAUCAUGCCGGCGAUGUGGACCAGCGUGGACACGGGGCCCUUCGGGCUCGGCCUGCCGGCUGACGACUCAGAUGCGGGGCGGAUGCGAAACAUCGUCAUUGCCAAGCUGUUUGCCGAAGGCGCAUGCAAGAACUCGUUCGAGAAGUUGGCCGAUGUGCUUCAAUAUGUCUGCGGAACGACGAGGCCUGUGGACUCGCUCUACGGAGAUCAUGCUCAAGCGAUUCCUCACGGGCUGUGGGACGCAGGCUGGGCGUGUCACGACAUGACCUUGCAGAUGUGCAUUCCCGCCCUAGAGCUGCCGCGGUCUGACUGGCCACGCAACUUCAAAUUCGGCGGAACGCUGCCUCGCAAGGAGAUUCCCGCGGGAUACAAGUACCCGUCAUGGUGGCAUGAGAUCGUGAACAACAGCAAGAAACCAGACACUGAGAGGAAGAGGGUGGUUUUCGUUGCACAGGGCACCGUCGUCCAGGACUACGACGACAUGAUUCUCCCCACCAUUCGGGGACUAGCCGGUCGCGAUGACCUGAUCGUCAUGGCCGUACUUGGCGCCAAGGGCGCCGAGCUGAGGCUCAACAACGAUGAAACCCUCCCUUCGAAUACUCGAGUUGUCGAUUACUUCCUCUACGACGCGGCUCUUGAGUACGCGGAUGUGUUUGCUGUAACGGGUGGAUACGGCGCCCUUUCCCAUGGAGUCACGAACGGCGUACCCAUGGUCUUAGCGGGAGACUCAGAGGACAAGGUCGAAGUCUCAUUGCGAGGUGAGAAGGCGGGAUGCGCCAUCAGUAUCCGGACCGGGAGGCCUAGUCAGGAGGAUAUCGUGAAGGCGAUUGAUACGAUUUUGGCAGACGGCAGGUACCGAAGCAGAGCCCUAGAGUUAAGGCGGGAAGCGGAGGAGUUCAGACCCCUCGAUGUUGUGGAACGCGAAAUGCUGGCGCUGUUGAGAUGA